CUUUUCUCUCCCAUAUCUGAGUUUUUUUCUCAAUAAUAAAAUUUCUGGGUCCCGAAGCCAGUUAUUGUUUCUUUUGUUUUUGUGAUAUUUGUUGUUGUUAUGGCUAGUUCAAGCACUGGAGCAUCCUCAGCUUCAAGCACUCUGGGAAGUUCGAGCUCAUCGGAGGAUUUUCAGCAGAUUUUGGAUGAAAGAAAGCGCAAGAGAAUGGUAUCCAACAGGGAAUCUGCACGUCGGUCACGGAUGCGUAAACAGAAUCACCUGGAUGAACUGAUGGGCCAAGCUUCUGAGCUCACCAAGCACAAUAACCAGAUCCUGAUAAGCAUCGAUGUCACCUCCCAACUUUACAUGAAGGUUGAGGCUGAGAACUCCGUUCUUAGAGCUCAGAUGAGUGAGCUCACAACCAGGUUGCACUCUCUCAAUGAAAUAAUUGAUUUCAUAAACUCGAGCAAUGGGGAUCUUGAAAGUGACAACUUUGAGCGGCCUGCCUAUUAUCAUCCUCAUCACCAGUUCAAUGAUGAUGCUUUCAUGAAUCAAUGGAAUUCAUUCGCUGUUAAGCAACCAUUCAUUGCUUCUGCUGAUAUGAUUAUGUAUUGAUUAAUCAGUUGUUUG